UGGUCAUCAUCUUCUCCUCCCUUUUGGCUUAGCCAAAAAAGAAUUCUCCAAGUCCGUCGUAAAUGAUUUGCCUAUGAUCUAGCUCGGGUGAAGAAUAGUUGAGGUGCACGCAAAGUCACAAAGACACCCUCGUCGUCGUGUGAGAGAGAGAGAGAGAGGGAGACAGAGGAAGUUUUAUUUGUUAAACAUAACCGGCCUGCACGUUUGGCUUUUGGUGGUCCCUCCAAAUCCGAUGGCUCUACGGUCUUCCCUCUCCUUCUUCCUCUUCCUACUCCUAUUCUUCUCCGCUCUCAGUAAUUCGGGUCGGCCCAUUCUGGCCCAGGCCACGAUUCCGGCCAGGUUCGACGGGUUCGUGUACGAGAAUCGCCCAAUCAGCACCGAUUCGAUCCUGAUCGAGGCUUUUUUCGACCCGAUUUGCCCCGACAGUAGAGACGCUUGGCCUCCUCUGAAGCAAGCCCUAGAUUUCUACGGUCAACGCGUCUACCUUACCGUCCACCCCUUCCCUCUACCUUAUCAUGACAAUGCUUUCGUCUCUUCUCGUGCUUUACAUAUUAUAAAUGAGCUGAACACUUCUGCCACGUAUGACUUGUUGGAGUUGUUCUUUGAGCACCAGAAGGAGUUCUACAACCAACCCACCUUCAACUUGUCUAGGGCGACUGUUGUGAGCCGUGUUGUUACCUUGGCAACCUCAGCAGUUGGUAAUUCCUACUACUCUGCAGUUGCAUCUGGGUUUACUGACCAGAACUCUGAUCUUAUGACAAGGGUUUCGUUUAAGUAUGGUUGCUCAAGAGGGGUGUUUGGGACGCCAUUUUUCUUUGUGAAUGGAUUUGCAUUGCCUGAUGCUGGAUCUGCUAUAGAUUACAACCAUUGGAGAAGCAUCAUUGAUCCACUAGUUCAAAAACAAGGAACGAAGAGGGAGGAAUUCCCACAUUUCGUCUUGUGAAGAACUCUUGAUUUUUGAAUUUUAGUACAAAGAAGUCAAGAAUUCAAUAUCUUGGACUAAUGUUCAGGAUUGUAUUGUCGUAGUAAUUAUUUCUGCUUGUAUAAAGCUUACAUGCACGCUUAUAUUUGCUAAGAGAACCAAUGACAUAUUUGAAGGUCUGCUAAUAGAAUUGAUGUAACAAAGAAUGGAACAGAAAACAAAUUUGUGAA